GGUAUCCAACAAGCAGAAGCUUUGUUCAUGCCCCCCUCCUUUUUUUUGCAUUUUAAAAAUUGUCGUGAAAAAAUACAUAGCAUAAAGCAUAAGCCUCUGAAAAGAAUAGAGUAUGGCAGCUGAAAGCUGGGGAAGCAAAGCCGAGAUGUUCCUGAUUGAGGGGCUUGUGCCAAAGCUGGACUCUGAGGAGGUGAAAGGGAAGAUGCUUGAGGAUGUGAUCUCCUCCAUAUGGAACUUCCUCAGCUAUGUGGCCCUGCUGCAAGUCACAUCUUUUAGCCUAAAGAAAUUGGAAAGCAUGUGAAGAUGGGCAUCACAUGUGAAUGCAUGAUAUGAGGAGCCCAGUUACAAUUUCUACUCCUAUCUGCAAAUGAAUAGGCCCAGAAAGAUGUGAGGGACUCUUUGA